UCUAGCAGUUUGCCUCAGAGCUUUUUGUUGAUAUUUUCUUAUCGCUUUCUCUGACCUUUUUUCUUUUUGUUUCUUGGUGAUUGUCACUCCCGAAUCUCCCAGGCAUGAGAUUAUAAUUCUAGAUUUAUUGGGUAAGGCGUUCAGUAGGAAUUGAGAGCUUGCCAAGCAACUAUCAAGAGAAUAUCAGAUUCACUUGUCCAGAACAGGCAUUAAUAUGGUGAUUCACACUCAAGAACUACUGGAAGCAGCUUCAGAGCUGGCUGAUCAGGCAAACAUGAGAGCAACAGUCAAGGGGAGUGCAAAAGCUGCGUUAGUUUGUGGUGCCGGAGCUUUUAUUGGCGGGAUUUUAGGGGGUCCUGCUGGAAUAGCUGUUGGAGGGACGGCUGGAGCCUGCACAGCAGCUUACAUGAACCGGGGUAAAUUUCGACCUGUAAGCCAAAUCAUAAUGCAUGACAUGACACGUAAACAGCGUCAGGAGUUGGUUGAUCAUCUCCGCCGGGCAAUUCAGGACAUUGAUGCAGGAGAUGCCAUGAUAGCCAUAUCGCUUGUGAUGGGCAAUCCCAAUAUGCAGAAAGCCAUUAUGCAGACUGUUGUGCGCUACUUGACAAAUCAGAUGCACCUCCAAAUAGUGGACUAAUUUUUCUAUUGCAUAUUUUUACACAAUUUGCAUGAAUAGGGUUUUUUUUCUCUUACUUUUUGUGUCCAUUAUUUUUCUGAAAACAUCUUAUGACAUUGUGAUAAAUUGGUGCAGUGGACUCAUAAGAUAAGAUAGGAUAUUUAUAGGACAAUUUUGUAGGUUUUUCCAGGAAAUAUUGAAAGACAUCAAUAAAAAAUUUUUUUUUUUGGAAA